AUGCGUCGCACUCUCCAAGCAGUGCUCUCCCGACGAACUUCAAUAUUCACCCAAUCAUAUAGCAAAUCUCAUUCUCAUUAUUCCUGUCGUCGUUUGAGCAAGCGCUUCUCUUCAGUUCCACAACAGUCGCUCUCACAAAAGCGUACCAUGUCAAACAUAACAACCCCGAACUCUACGAAUGCUUCUGAUCCUGAUCUGAAAGACGAUGGAUACUGGGCAGAAUGGAUUCAAGAAGUGGUUAGAACAAUCCGCUUCAUCAUGUCCUGUUAA